AUUUUAUCAACUUGAAGAAAAUUCAGCUGAUGUUGAAGAGGUGCAAUGAAACGACCCCGGAGUGGGACGAGUGGAGCAGCAAACCAAGGUUGCCUGCGACGCACGAAUAAGUAAACCGGCACAGUAGAAGAAGAAGGGCUUGUUCUUUCCGACGUCUUGGAACGGAUUUAGUACAACGAACUGUGUCGUUUACGAUCUAAUAUCCACACUUCGGCUUCGUCCGUGCCGCACUUUGGAAACCAAACUUUGAUUUUGUCCAUGUUGCCCGAAGGGGGUCCUCGUCGAUCACAUCCUCCUUUUUUGACUUUGUGCCGAAUUAUCUGCGAUUCAUGCUCUUCAGGGACGGACCUACCAAUCUUAACUAAGUAGAUCACACUUUGCGUAUUUCGAUUUGCUUUGUCUAGUACCGAUUUCAAUCGCAAAAAGAGGUCCACCGCGAAAAAUGUGUGAAAGUGAGUGGUCGUUUUCUUCCGUGAUGAGGAAACUCCAGAAGCGGAAGUUGCGGACCUGGUUGGAAGACGGCGAUCGGUUGGGUAACGUCAGUUACGCGGAAUUGCAGAGGGCUGCCUUCUCCUCGCAGCAUGGCGGGGUGGAGUUUGGAUUUUGCUACGUGUACCUUGCCACGUGCCCAGUGCUGCUGCACUUUUACGAUCUGAUCUUCGCGUACAGAUCGCGCAAAAGAGAAGGCCCGGCUCAAGUAGAACAUCACGCAGAAGGCGGCGAUGGAAACGAGGAUAAUGCAAGCGCGGCAAAAACAACAGCGGUCGAAAAAACAGCGCAGAUGGUCGAAAGCCAGCACGGGCCAAAAACUGAGUUUUUGGUUCUCAUGCUGCCGAUCCUCGCGCUCGGUGCGCAGCCGCAGUACCUUGCUGACUAUGUAGCUUUACUGCUGACCGGCACUCUUUUGCUCCAUGGCCUGUUACGAUGUAGUAGAGAUGAAACACGACCGGGCACAGCAAGUCCUGAAGAUGUUGCAAAAACAUCGAGCGAAGAUGAAAAUGGUGUACGAAGCGAAAGCGAAGGCCUAGUACGAACGGAAAAGCGGAUUCUGACGGAAUACCGGGCGUUUCUACUCUGCUGUACAUCUUUGAUGAUUCUUGCGGUCGACUUUCCCUCUAUCUUUCCGCGCCGGUUUUCGAAGUGCCUUACCGAAGGCUACAGCCCGAUGGACCUCGGGGUGGGAAGCUUUGUGUUUCUGAACGGACUAGUCGUGGGUGCGAGGUGGCGCAAGACCCUACGUGAGACGAAGAAUACCUCUGUCGCCGCCGUUGAGCAACAGCAGCAGCGAGGCAACCAGGUUGUAAUCAAAAAGUUUUUCCGACACUUUCCCACCUUGUGCCUAGGCUUCGGUCGAUUUAUCACGGUUGCGGUUUCCGGACACCACGUGCCACCGGAGGAAUACGGCCUGCAUUGGAACUUUUUCGUGACGCUGUUUGCGGUGCAUCUCGGCGGUGACUUGGUCGCGUUUUGCGUGCGCAGGUCAGCAAAUGGCCUGCACGCUGUUGCCUUUGCGUUGCUGGGCUUCGUUGGCUACCUCUUCAAUGUACCAGCGGAAUUUUUGCCGGCUUCAGACGUGGAUUUUCGAGCGAGAUUUUCUUGGCGUUCGUAUGCGCUCGCGAAUAUUGAGCCAAGGUGGAACCUCGGUUUUCUUGAUGCGAAUAAGGAGGGAGUCCUGUCGCUUCCCGGGUUUCAAGCGCUCUUUCUACUGGCGGCUGCGCUCGGACGAAAGGGCGUGAUGGAAGUGCCCUUUGGGGCAUGGGCGGUCGGAGCGGGACUUCCAGUGCUCUUGCUUUUUACGCAGUCCCCCAGCCGCCGAUGUUGCGACGUGCCCUACGUCCUGUACAUUGUGUCCUGCAACUCGUUUCUGUUAGCGGCGUUGCGGUUUUUGAACGAAACCCUUACUCAUCAACGUGCGCCGCUGCCGCAUUUGCUCUCCGGACUGCAGGACUCCAUGCUGUUUUUCUUCCUUCUCACAAAUGUGCUUACCGGGUGCGUCGGUCAGUUGUGCCGGACGCUCAUUGUUCCACCGACUCCGGCAAUGGCAAUAGUGCUGGUUUAUGGAUUCUUUUGGAUGCUCCUGGCGCAGUGGAUGGGCAAACACCAGAAGAAAGUCAAAUUUUGGUAAUCUUAUUCGCACAGUUCUCACAUACAGUCUGGCGGAAUAGCUGCAACUUUAGUUCUUACAGUGAGGCGGAAAAGUGUUUUAGUCCGUGACGGGAAAGUUGGAUUUGCAUUUGGAUGUGCAGGUCAGAGCGGGGAAAAUUCGCUCUUGAUUCGGAUACAAAAC